AUGGCUUGGAGAGCCGAUGAGGGAGCGCUCAAGCAAGUCACCCUUUCCGCCCUAUUGGUACUCGAGACGGGCGAGUUCUCCAAUGGCACCAUCCUGGCCGACGGCCGUACCUGGAGAGUUCACCGCAUGUUACUCAGCACCCGAUCCAUCUGGUUCAAGGAGGCGUUUGAGAAGCAGGCUCCGGAUAAUGAUCAUGACAAGGAAGAGCCCGAGAUCAACCUCCGUGAGCUCACGACGGAGUUUGUCGACAUGUUACUGCGUACACUCUAUUCCAACCGCUUGCCUGAUCAAUAUCUCGACAUUCGAGGAGCCAACGCCACGUUUUCCACCUAA